AUGAUCUGCAGUGUUAGAGAUCGUUUUUGCUUCAGGAAAGCGUUUCGUGGUACAACGCUCACUCUGUUAUUUGUUUCCAUAGCCGCUUCAGUUUUUUUACAUUUUUAUAGGUUCGUCGUUUUUUUGUCAAAGUGUGUUAUAAAAACUUUGAAAAAUGAAAAAGAAUUUUUUUAUUUGUUUCGAAGAAACAUAAUGAAUUCAAACUUUUCAGCUUAUGACGAGUAUGAAGAAUCAGAUUCACGAGAAAGGUUUGCUUCCUUCUUAAAGUGUAUAACGAAGUACUCUGGAUUUCUAGGGUAAUACAUCAAAGCUCACAUCCAACGGACCAAAAUUUACAUCGACGUACAAAUGAAAAAAUUGAAAGAUAUGGGUUAGUAGCAUUCUAUUGAUUUUGAAAACAGAUUUCAAUUUGAGGUUCAACAUGUCCGGAAAGGAUGUUAUAGUUUUUCUUCACAUCCAAAAAACCGCCGGGACUACAUUUGAGAAGUUUUUAGUUCGUUACCUGAACACAACGGAGCCGUGCACUUGUAGAGCCCACAAAAAAAGAUGCACCUGUCCCAGGCCAAACUCUUCGAAUGAAGUGAAUUUUUUUUGUUAAUGAAAAAAUCGGAAGUUCCCAUUCAAUUCUGUCUUUUUUCACUUUUUGAAGAUCCAAGCUCUUUCGAUCUUAGACAUGGCUGUUUUCUCGCUAUUCAACGGGCUGGGCGUGUGGACUUCAUGCAGAUUAUACCGAGCUAUUUGUCAACAGAUGCGUUGAACGCUCUCUGAACAAAGUUACAGGUUUUUUUUGUUUUUCUCCUUUUUUUCAAGGGUAGUAUUCAGGAAAACCAAAAAAUCGGCGAUAUUUUUACACGACGUUUUUGAGAGAUCCCAUUGGUCGGUUCAUAUCCGAAUACCGACAUGUGAACCGAGGAGCUACCUGGAUCGCAUCGAGGUUUUUUUGGAGUUUUAUUUCAUUUUUUUAAAUUCAAAAUUAAUUUUCCAAAAAGCCUUUAUUAAGACACGUAUGCAAUGGAAGAAUGCCAACCUUAGACGAACUCCCGCUUUGUUUUGAUCCAAUAAUUGGUUGGGACGGCGUCUCGAUUGAUGAGUUUUUGAAGUGUCCAUACAACUUGGCUUUCAACAGGUUUUUUAUUUGUUUUUUGAAGUGUUUUAUAUUUUUUAUAGGCAAACUAGAAUGUUAGCCAAUUUAUCAUUGAUCGGUUGCUAUGAAAACAUCGCGUUACCUUCGGAAGAACGAGACCGGUUAAUGUUAGCCAGCGCAAAAGAAAAUUUGAAGUUUGAUUCAAUUAGAAAGUUUAUUUGAAAAAAAAACAUUUAGGAGGCUUUCCUACUUUGGGUUGAAAGAAAGAAUGCAAGAUAGCCAGUGGAUGUUUGAAGAAAUGUUUGGCAUGCAGUAAGUUGGAAAGAAUCUUUCACUCUUCGUGACUUCCUAAUCUAUUAGCGAUAACCAUCCUGCAUUUAUGUGCUUUGGAAUCUAUAGCUGAUUUACGGCCAGUUUGAAACGCGUCGUGUCUGCGCUCUCCAUGAUCCAGGCGCUAUUUUGUGCAUUAUCGUGUCAGGACCCUUUUUUUUAAUAGCUCAAGCCAGCAGUAAAUCAGCAAUAUUCAUUUUCCUCAUUACUUUUUUUGAUAUUUUCUCUUUCAGAUUUACAAAAAAAAUGUCUGUGUGGAGCAAAAGCAAAUCAAAUGACACGAUUCUAUCGCCUUCUCAACUAAAAGCCAUCCGGCAUGUGAAUCUCCUUGAUUCGGAACUAUACGAAUACGCUACAACCUUGUUUGAAGAGCGGUAUCAAUCGCUGAGAAGCGAAAACGUGAGAUUUCUUUUUUUUCUCUUUCCAUAUACUAUUUUCAGCUAUCCCGAAAAAAACUACUGACCAAUCUUUCUUGA